UCUGUCCUCGUCGAGAACCAAUUCUUGCUGCCUACUCUGAUUCCCUGUUCUAGAUCCGAUCUCUUCAUAGUUGCUAACACCAUCCUCCUUCGAAACGAUCAGGGCGACACUGCAAGUACUCUGGGUACGCCGGUGGACGGCGCUGCUGCCGGCGAGAAGGAGGAGACGCACAUCAGGGUGUACUGGCACGACGUGGUGAGCGGGCCGGACCCGACGGCGGUGCAGGUGGCGCGCGCGGCGGCGACCAACGCGUCCAAGACCUUCUUCGGCGCCGUGGUGGUGAUCGACGACCCGCUGACGGAGGGCCCCGGCCUGGGCUCCUCCCGCCUCCUCGGCCGCGCGCAGGGGGCCUACGUCGGCGCCGGCAAGGGCGCGAUGGCGCUGCUGAUGGCCAUGAACUUCGUGUUCCAAGCCGGCACGUACAACGGGAGCAGCGUCACCAUCAUGGGCCGGAACGAGGUGUUCACCGCCGUCAGGGAGAUGCCCAUCGUCGGCGGCACCGGCGUGCUCAGGAUGGCGCGAGGGUACGCGCAGGCCCGCACGCACACCCUCGACCUCAAGACCGGCGAUGCCACCGUCGAGUACAAUCUCUACAUCAGGCACUGAUGAUCGAUAUAUAUAUCCGAAUUAAUUAAUUUGUGUAGUUUUAUGUUUGAGCUUCUGGUCAAAUAACAAGCAAAGUCUCUGUGUCGUGUGUGGUGAUUAUGCACGGAUGCGUGGUUUGCUCUGCUGCUUUGGAGUUUGGAUACA